CUGUGCGCGCUCCCGAGCGGCUGGUACUUAACGCCUGGCGUCUCGUCUCUGCUACAGAAGAAGUGCGAAUGUGUACACCGAGCUAACGAAGGAAAUACCACCACAUCGCCAUACACACACCCACAUAACUGCAGUGAGCUGAAGGAUAUUUCGUCCGAGAGGUCCCCACAUUUCAAGAGAAGACGAAAGCCUUAUUUGGAAAUCUUAUGGACGAAGAAAUGAGUCGCCAGACUGCCACCGCGCUGCCCACAGGAACCUCCAAGUGCCCCCCCUCUCAGCGCGUGCCCACCCUGUCAGGCACCACAGCCUCCAACAGCGACCUGGCCAGCCUGUUCGAGUGUCCUGUCUGCUUCGACUAUGUCCUACCCCCCAUCCUGCAGUGCCAGUCCGGACACCUGGUAUGCUCCAACUGUCGGCCCAAACUCACCUGCUGCCCCACCUGCCGAGGCCCUCUGGGCUCCAUCAGGAAUCUGGCCAUGGAGAAGGUGGCCAACUCAGUCCUCUUCCCCUGCAAGUACGCCUCGUCGGGCUGCGAAGUCACCCUGCCUCACACCGACAAGACGGAACACGAAGAGCUGUGCGAGUUCCGGCCGUACUCCUGCCCCUGCCCAGGAGCCUCCUGCAAGUGGCAGGGCUCCCUGGAUGCUGUCAUGCCCCACCUGAUGCACCAACACAAGUCCAUCACCACGCUGCAGGGGGAGGACAUCGUGUUCCUGGCCACAGACAUCAACCUGCCGGGUGCAGUGGACUGGGUGAUGAUGCAGUCCUGCUUCGGCUUCCACUUCAUGCUGGUGUUAGAGAAGCAGGAGAAAUACGACGGCCACCAACAGUUCUUCGCCAUCGUGCAGCUCAUCGGGACUCGCAAGCAGGCCGAGAACUUCGCCUACCGGCUGGAGCUCAAUGGGCACCGGCGCCGCCUGACCUGGGAGGCCACGCCGCGCUCCAUCCACGAGGGCAUCGCCACAGCCAUCAUGAACAGCGACUGCCUGGUGUUCGACACGUCCAUCGCACAGCUGUUUGCAGAGAACGGCAACCUGGGCAUCAACGUCACCAUAUCCAUGUGCUAAGAACUUUUCAACAGAAGAGGGACAAAGAGUUACUGAUUGUGUCAUGGGGCAACUUUUAGGGGGUCAAAUUGGUUGUGACCUCACAGCGCCCCCCCUUUCUGCCUCACCCCUUUGAGACAUGGAACUGGACUGUCUGAUCAGGCAGCCGUGGAGACCCAGGGGGUGGGAUGGAUGGAUGGAUGAAUGGAUGGAUGGAUGAAUGGAGGAAUAAUUAUAAACAAGGACAUUACUGUGUAGUGAUGGCUGUAGACUUUUAAACACACACAAACGUCUAUGUGAGACUCAUGCACGCACAUGCAGCCUCGCCGUCUUUUGGUCAUAAACACAGACACAAACGGUCAAACCCCCCUGCCCCCCGCCCUCCUUAUUUCAGUGUCUCUGUUGCCGUUUAAUCUUUCAAACAGCUCGCCAGCCCUCUCUCAAAGAAACAGAGGCUGCUCACUCAAGCUACUUUUCAACAUGGACUCCAGGUCAGUAGGGGGGAAGCUAGCCAGUUAUCUAGCGCACACCCCGAAUAAUUCCUGCUGCUUGUAAUCCACCUCUCCGGACCUCCUGGAAUGAAAAGGUUCACGCUCUGCCAACAGUUGCAGGGCUACCCCAUAACGUGGCUGUGGCCUGGUUUCUCCACAGUGGGUGUCUUCAUGUAUUAGCUAGCUCAAACUGGAACCAAGAGCUGGUGAAGUUCAUCGGCAGAUUAGGAAAUUUAUCUCCACCUCUGACAGAUGUUGGCUAUUGAUCGCCAUGGAAACACCUCCCACGGGCAUGGGCGGCUGUAGCAUCCACAUAACCACAGACACCCAGUUAUGUCCAGGAUGACUGAACGGUGAAUGAACUGAACAUUUUUUUGAACAUCCGUACAUCUGGAUUCAUUCCGGCCCACAUCUGGUCCACAUCGGUUCAUUCAAGGCUAAAGAUUGUGCAUCGGACGCUCUUUAAAUAGUUGACCCUUGUCUUUGAUAGUUCUUUGGACAGACUCUCAUACUGAAUAGAUUUAAGAAGGACCGCAGCGACGUCGGCCCCGGAUGUGUUUUUUUUUAUCUUCAUUUUCACGGAGUGGAUAAAACAGCAGAGGUGAAGGUCUUGCACACUAAAACACACACCUGUUCUUUGCAUUACAGGCGGUGUGUUCAGGUGUACACAGGAUUAAUUAACUGUAUGUCAGAGAAGUUUCAGCUUUUGUUUUUGUUUUUCAGAGCGAGGAAAAAAAUACACUGCAUUUCAGUUUGAGUCACCAUUUUCAUUUGCGUUUAUUUCUUAAGUAUGUUAUUUCUUUUUAAUUAUUUUAGUUGUUUUUUGUAUGAGAAGAGUGAAGAUCUCCUGAUGUUUGUGUGUGUGUAUGAAUGUGUGUGAGCGUGUGUGUGAGAUGGACAUGUGGCAAAGAGCCUGCUCACUUCCUCCUUUCUCUUCUUUCAUUUCUUCUCUGCCUCCAUCGCGCUCUGUCUGCUGCCAGUGUCGGCCUCAACCACUGAUAGACUGAUCGCCCAACUAGGAAUGAGGGACAGUUUCUAUGGUUACAAUGUUGCUAUUGUUAUUAUUAUUAAAUGGAGAUUAUCAUAAUUAUCAUUUUUUGUAAUGACUUUUAAAAACAAAAAUGAAAAGGCUGUAACUUGUGGCUAAAACUAAAGUGUUUGUAGUUAAAAAGCAAGUUGUGUCGUUCAUCUGAAGGUUUGUUUUUCUCCCAGUUGGAUUGUUUACUCCUCAUCUAUUCGUCUCUCUGUCUUCAUGUUUGUGUGGUAAGUCUCUUUCUUUUUCUUUUUGUUCCAGAGGAGGGAGGGAGGUCAAGCCAAUCAUCUCUCCCUGUCUCUUCAUGUGGAGUCUCAGUGAUGUCGCUGCUCCCCUUCAACUCCUUGACUCUUUAUGUUUUACUUUGUCAUUAAAUAAAUCUAUCUUUUUCAUA